AUAAGUUAUUUUGGUACGUAAAAAGACUUCUUUUUUUUUUCCCAAAUCGUAUGAUCGGAGAGUUCUAGGGUUUCUAGUUGGAUUCGAUCCUCUGGAUUUUGGUUUUCAGAUUCGCAAAUAUUCGGUCACGAUUCGCUUUUAACAUUCAUUGAUCGUUAGUGAAAUAAGUUUGAUUUCGCUUUUUUCGUUCUGGAAUUUGUUAAACCGCGAAGAACAUUGUUUCGGAUUGAAGGAGCAAAAUUCCGAAGUGAAUUGCAGAAACAUAAUGGGAUAUUUUGAUCACUUAAAGAGAUAUUAAUAUAAUUUAGGCAUUUUGUUAGAUAGAAGUUUAUCAUCAAAUUAGAUGUCAUGAGGAAGAAGAGAAAAGGUAGCGAAACUGAUGCUUGUAAAAGUACACCCAUUAAAGAGGAAUUGGGACCAACUCGAGGUUCACUGGAAUCAUCUAAUAUUAGGUCUCAUUACUCAUUAGAAGAUUACAGUAGGUUGAGAAAGAAGUGCAAAGAAGAUGCAAGUCCUAAACCUCCUGGUUCAUUUAAAAGUAGGCUUGCAGGUAUUGCUACCGCCCCACCUUGUGGUGCCUCUUCAUCUUUGGUUCCCCCAGGACGAGGACUUAAGAGGAAGAUAGGUUGCAUAGAUGUGAAUACUCAAAUGGGUAGGAAGAAUAAGGUUGAAGACGAUUAUACUAAGGUUGAUGUAAUUGGGCAUGGGAAAUUCGGGUCUGUCUGGUUGGUGAAGUCUAGGGUUAGUGGCGCAGAGUUUGCAUGUAAGAUUUUGCGUAAGGGAGAGGAGACUGUUCAUAGGGAAGUGGAGAUAAUGCAGCACUUGUCGGGUCAUCCUGGUGUUGUUACAUUGCAUGCAGUCUACGAGGAAGCAGAGUUUUUUCAUCUUGUAAUGGAGUUGUGCUCUGGGGGGCGAUUGAUUGAUCAUAUGGUGGAGGUUCAGUAUUCAGAACAACGUGCUGCUAAUAUAUUCAAGGAUGUAAUGUUGGUUAUUAAGUAUUGUCAUGAUAUGGGAGUUGUGCACAGAGACAUUAAACCAGAAAAUAUUCUUCUCUCCAACUCAGGGAAAAUAAAGCUUGCGGAUUUUGGCUUGGCCAUGAGAAUUUCAAAUGGUCAGACUUUGUCGGGUUUGGCUGGAAGUCCGGCUUAUGUUGCUCCUGAAGUUCUCUCUGGCAAUUAUUCUGAGAAGGUUGAUAUAUGGAGUGCUGGUGUCCUCCUACAUGCUCUCUUGGUUUCUGUUCUUCCAUUUAAAGGAGAUUCCUUGGAAGCAGUUUUUGAGGCAAUCAAGAAUGUAAAGCUAGAUUUCCACUCAGGAAUAUGGGAGGAAAUAUCUAAACCUGCACGGGAUCUGAUGGCAAGAAUGCUGACUAGGGAUGUUUCAUCAAGGAUAACAGCUGAUGAAGUUCUAAGGCACCCAUGGAUAUUGUUCUACACGGAGCGCACAUUAAGGACAUUAACCAUCAAGUCAAAAUUGAAGAACCAAGCAGUAGUAUCUUCCCGUCAACUAGCAAUCCAUUCUGGACAUGAAUUGGCUAGAACCAAGAUAGAUGGUGAACUGCAUGGUGAGGGUUCAGACCUUCACUCAUCAUCUGAAAGUUGGAGCUCGAAGUCAGAGGAGCAAGAUGAAUGUGAUUAUGUGGAUGUGCUUGCAGAGGCCAUUUCCAAUGUGAGGAUUUCAGAGCCCAAGAGGAGUCGACUGUGUGGUCCCACCGGCCCAAUAGAGCAGCAGUGUUCAUCUAACAUGACAGCUAACAAUCUCUGUAGAGCAUUUUGA